CGAAGAGACAAAUCAAUUUCAUUCAAAAAUUUCAAGCAUUUUCCUCUUAAUUCUUGUUUAUCCACUAAUAUUCUACUUGCUACUGGAGAUAAUGGUCGAUAAUCUGCAUCGAGCGAUUCAAGACAUCAACAUCAUAGCGGAAGACUCCUCUUUCAUUCUUCCAGCAGAGGUGGUGGCGGCGAACCAAUUUGUCAUCAUUGAUGGUCUAGUGAUUCCGCAGAUAAAAGUCUAUGAUCGUUUGUGGCUAAAUCUCCUCAGAAUCUGGGGAUUGGUGGGCAAUGCUCAUGGCAGGAUCAUCGAAUGCAAACAAUUCCAAUUUGUGUUCUCAUACAAGAAGGCAUUAGAGUGGAUGAUCAAGCCCAAGAAAAGUGUGACAAUUUGGAGCCAGAUGAUGAAAUUCGUGAGGAGGAACAAGAGA